CAGGAACAGGCCUGCAAAGGACAGCCUGGAGAUGUCUCAGGACAGAGGUAGUAACUGCACGUGCACAACUGCCAGGGGGAGGGGUGCUGAGUGUGCACAGGCCCAGCACACAGCAGAGACACUUCCUGUGGAAGAGAAAAGAGGUAGUGAGCUGGUGUUUCAGGAUGUGAGGGCCCGCAGCAGCGGAGCUGGGCUCUCUCUCUGCUGCCUGCCCUUCGCUGUGCAGGCUCUGGCCAGAGCUGCCCACAGUCCCCAUGGUGGGCGCCCCCCGCAGCGGGGACCCGUGAACAGCGGCGGCAUGCCAGGGAAGCCCAAGCACCUGGGCGUCCCCAACGGACGCAUGGUUCUGGCUGUCUCAGAUGGAGAGCUGAGCAGCACGACGGGACCCCAGGGCCAGGGCGAGGGCCGAGGCAGCUCCCUCAGCAUCCACAGCCUUCCCAGUGCCCCCAGCAGCCCCUUCCCCACCGAGGAGCAGCCUGUGGCCAGCUGGGGCCUGUCCUUCGAGCGGCUGCUGCAGGACCCGCUGGGCCUGGCUUACUUCACUGAGUUCCUGAAGAAGGAGUUCAGUGCUGAGAACGUGACUUUCUGGAAGGCCUGUGAGCGCUUCCAGCAGAUCCCGGCCAGCGACACCCAGCAGUUAGCUCAGGAGGCCCGGAACAUCUACCAGGAGUUCCUGUCCAGCCAGGCACUGAGCCCUGUGAACAUCGACAGGCAGGCCUGGCUCGGCGAGGAGGUGCUGGCGGAGCCCCGACCGGACAUGUUCCGGGCGCAGCAGCUUCAGAUCUUCAACUUGAUGAAGUUCGACAGCUACGCACGCUUCGUGAAAUCCCCGCUGUACCGCGAGUGCCUCCUUGCGGAGGCCGAAGGUCGCCCCCUGCGGGAACCUGGCUCCUCGCGCCUUGGCAGUCCCGACGCCACGAGAAAGAAGCCGAAGCUGAAGCCCGGAAAGUCGCUGCCGCUGGGCGUGGAGGAGUUGGGGCAGCUGCCUCCUGCUGAGGGCCCUGGGGGCCGCCCGCUCCGCAUGUCCUUCCGCAGGGAACUAAGGGGCGGCGCGUCAAACUCAGCCUUGCGCCGAGAGUCCCAGGGGUCCCUCAACUCCUCUGCCAGUCUGGACCUCGGCUUUCUUGCCUUUGUCAGCAGCAAAUCUGAGAGCCACCGGAAGAGCCUUGGGAGCUCAGAAGGUGAGAGUGAAAGCCGACCAGGGAAGUAUUGCUGCGUGUACCUGCCUGAUGGCACAGCCUCCUUGGCCCUGGCCCGACCUGGCCUCACCAUCCGUGACAUGCUGGCAGGCAUCUGUGAGAAACGAGGCCUCUCUCUACCUGACAUCAAGGUCUACCUGGUGGGCAAUGAGCAGAAGGCCCUGGUCCUGGAUCAGGACUGCGCCGUGCUGGCAGACCAGGAAGUGCGGCUGGAGAACAGAAUCAUUUUCGAGCUCGAGUUGGCGGCGCUGGAGCGCGUGGUGCGGAUCUCCGCCAAGCCCACCAAACGGCUGCAGGAGGCGCUGCAGCCCAUCCUGGCGAAGCACGGCCUGAGCCCACAACAGGUGGCGCUGCGUCGGCCAGGCGAGAAGCAGCCGAUAGAUCUGAGGAAGCUAGUGAGUUCGGUGGCGGCCGAGAGAUUGGUUUUGGACACUCUCCCAGGUGUGAAGAUCACUGAAGCUGGCGACAUAUCCCCCUGCCGCAGCCAGGUGAGAGAGGGACUGGGUGCCCUCUUUUGCCCACCAGCCUCCCCUCCCGGUUGUGGAUCUAACCCCACGUUCUUGCAGGGUUGCCCGCCUACAAUCCAGGACAAGGCCGCCCACCUCCCUGCACUGUCCCUGAACUCGCUGGCCCAGGCACCCAGUAGUAUCACUGGGAAGCGGCAGACCUGUGACAUUGAAGGCCUGGUGGAGCUGCUGAACCGGGUGCAGAGCAGUGGAGCCCAUGACCAGAGGGGCCUUCUGCGCAAAGAGGACCUGGUGCUUCCAGAAUUUCUGCAGCUGCCUGCCCAAGGACCCAACUCCCAGGAGGCCCCACCACAGACUGAAUCAGCGGCCCAGCCCAAGGGGAGCCCCUCAGACUCCACUGCGCACUCGGCCCUCUGACAGCUGCCCAACCGUCCAGGCUGGCUGCAUGGCACCUGGCGGGCCAAGCAUGCCAUGGGCCCGCUCUGCAUGCCCUGUCUGUGCCAUGAGUGUCCCUGGCCCCUUCCUGCCACGGGCAGGCCCGCAGGAAGAGCUGGGAGGGGAUGGAGAGGGGACUCAGAGGAGUGACACUCCACAGCUGCCACCACUUGGUCCCUUACAGGCUUGCUCGUCCAUCCCUUGCUGCCAGGCCACCAGAGGGAAGUGGGCCUAGCCCCCAGUGCAAGUGUGCCCAACACGGAGGGGUGGCGUUGGCAGUGCCAGCCUCCCCACCAUGUACCAGGCCUCAGCAGGGAGUAGGAGGAAGGGCCGGCUCUUCCUCGGGGAGCUGGUAUGAGUAAGGCCUGGGGGUGCAGGCAGCUCCUCCCUCUACCCACAGAGAUGCUACUGGACUUUUGGAUUUUGCAGUUGGCUUGGGGCAGCUGGGUUUGUCCUGGAUGUAUGAUAUUGUUAUUAUAAUAAUUAUUA